AUGGCUUGGGGCCUGGAGGUCAGAACGCCUUGCUGGAUAGCAGCCGGUGACGUUGAGAUGCACAGACUGAGCGUCACCCCUCGUCGAGCUACCCCCAAAUACUUCCAGAUCCCGGACAAGAUCGACGUCCCGAGAGCAAUAUACGAAGACCUUCUCGAGGAUGUUCGAGAAGGUCUUGAGGAUAUCUUUGAUCACCCUGGCUCCCGUGCACCCUUCAUACCAGGGUACCAAGAUCGUGCUGAUGCCAUCGCGCGCGCAAGGCUGUUGCGCGAACACGGUCUAAAAAGCUCGAAUAUCAUGAUGGUGCAUCUCAGUCCGCCGUCUGGUAUCAUCUCUCAUACGGAGUUGAAUAUUUAUGCGCACAAGGUUGCGUAUAAUGGAGAGGGAUUGAGGGCGACGAAGAAGAAGAUUUAUGUGAUCUGUGAGCCUUUCACAAAGAGAAACAUUGAGCGAGUCGAGACAGUUCAGUUUGAAUAA